AUGGACUCCAUAUACUGCGGCGGUCUGGAGAGCUGCAACAAGCUCUGGUGGCUGCUCGUUCACUUCGCUGCGACCUGGGGGCCCCAAUUCGAGGGCGAGAUGGACCGCUUCCACACCACGGAUGAUGGCUACUACAAGGACCGCCGCAAUGCCAUGCAUUUGAAGUUCCACGAUGAAGCGGAGGCGGUGCUCCCAGGGUCAUCUCGCUGGGGCGUAUUCACACCGGCCGCGGUCGUGCGUCUUUUGGCACCAGCCUGGUGGCGCAGAGUCUGCUUCAGCCAGGACGUGUCGCACCGCUUUUUGGAGUGUUGGCUGUACACGCAAUUUCCACUCCGAGGCCAGAUGUUCGAGGACGUCGUGGAGAUUCUGCACUGCUUUUGCGAGAUGGUCCAUUGGUCUGACUACGUUGCCGCGGUGCCUGGUGAGAUCCGGACGUUCCAAGACCUGAUGGAUGCCCGAGCGUCCAUGGUGAGGCGCCUGCGGCAGCUGAAGCAAGAGCAAUGGGAGCUUCGACGGCGCAUGGCCGGCGCCCACCUUGCAUGCAACUUCUUUGAGUUUGUGACGUCGAAUUUGGACGACUCACAGCUCACGAGCCUGAUUAAGAGCAGUUCCGAGCAAAAUGAGCGUCUUUCUUUUCCGAGCUCCUCCCCGCCUCCUGCUGCCCUGUCCUCGUUCCACGCAUCGCGGCUGCACACAAACUACACGCACAAAUCGAGAAGGUGCAGUCUGCUGUGUUGUGGCCUGCUUGUCUAUGUCACUGGCCUACACGCUGCGCAGGCGACCCGAACCUCCUUUCAGUGCAAUCACGCCUGGAUCAUCAUGUGCCCCCAGCUAGGAAGUUUUCGACACUUCGGCAUCAUGUGCAGCACAGUGAGAGCCCUUCUGCAGGGACUGCGACAAACCUGUGCCCAUCUCAUGUUGUGGAGCAGCUGGAGGGCUCAGAUAGCAAGGGAUUUGCUUGCCCAGGGUGCCUUUUCGAUGUCCGGUUCUUCCGAGGAGCUGGAGGAGGUCUGGGUGGAAAGCCCAGAGGAGACAAGGGCGAGGGCCGGGCCACCGCCGCCGCAUCCUGUUCAAGUCGAGCAGGCUCUUGCGCACCGCAUAUCGCGGGCUGUGGCACGUGAGCUCCCUUCCUUUGUCGGCCCGAUCGUGUGCUACAUCCCUUGGCAUCAUGCCGGCCUGACCUCAAUGAGAAUCACGGUGGAACCUAUGCGAGAGCAGGACAGGGCUCACCAGAAUCUCUUGAAUUGGGGCGCCGAUGGUCCCAGGGAGGACCUCCAGGGCAGGACUGAGGGCCCAGGGCUGGAGGACCGCAACUUGUCCUACCUGCUGUCCGCGGCCAUUGGUGACGCCAUGAUGAGGCAUGGCAGGCCCACCCAAGUGGUCCUCACACGGCUGGCGCCAGAGAUCACUGCCCCGGAUAGGCGAGAGGCCAUGCUGACGGCGAACGUUCGCAGGAUGAAAAAUGCGGAAGCGGGCGAUGAGCUGGCACUCUGGACGGGCAGCCCAUCCAGUGAUGAUGGAGCCGUGGAGCCUACGGUGAUGGGGGAAGCGGCCAGCCGUAUCAACAGUGCCAGGGGCCUGAUCACCCGUGCGGAAGCUGAGGAGCUGACGGCUCAGCUACGGGCUGCUCUCAUGGCGGAGGAGGCAGAAGAGGCCGCGGCAUCCUCGACGACCCCGGGCACGACCAGCAGGGUGGAGGCCACAGCGGGUGCAUUGACAUCGACCACGGCCCCGCCUUCGACUCCGACACCGACUCCUCGAUCCGCGUCAUCGGCGGCACCGAAGCCGAAGCCUUCCAGGAAGUGGGCAGCCUACUUGAGGAGUCUUGUGGUUUUGUCUUCCGGGUGGUUUCUUCAAGGGAUCAGCCAGCAACUCUGCUUCUCAGGCGACCUCGCCCCUUGA